UAUCAUAUAGUUUUCAUAACAGUAAACAUAGUAGCUGGGUUUUUCAAUUUCCACUGAUCGGAAAUAUGAUGCUGGAUUUUGAGACAUUUUUGUUUUAGAUUUGUGAUCUUGUGAUAUUAACAAAGUGUGUUUAAACAUUCUAGUAACAGGAAUUGUUGUUUAACCAGCUUUAUGUAAGGCUUCUUUAUAAAGUUUCAGGAUAAAAGUUGUGGGUAUCUACAACAGUGAACAGUUCCUAUGAAAUGAUGUAAGAGGUUGGAUAGUUAUUAAUUUUUAUCUGUGUAAUCAGUGAGGUUCAUAGGGAAUAAUUAUAAUCUAUUCAAUUGUUGAUAGCAUUCACUCAGAGACAGGUGUUCCCUGAACUCAGGAGAGAUUUUUAGAUUUUUCAUAAGCAUUUAAUAUUGCAAUUUUUGGAUACUAUGGCAACUAAAGAUACAGCAGAAAUUGUGGAAAUGAAUGAUGGACAUAGGGAACCAUUGCAGUCCAAAAGCACUGAUCCAUAUGACAGGAAUGCUGAUCCUGGUCCAGGAUAUAUUACUGGUGGUCAAGACCAAGACUCAAACAAUGGUGGUCUUGGUUGCUGUGGUUAUGUUUUGUGGUUUUUGUCAAUGCUGGUCAUCAUAAUAACACUACCUUUCUCAUUGUGCCUUUGUAUCAAGGUGGUUCAGGAAUAUGAGCGUGCUGUUAUUUUCCGCCUUGGUCGACUGCUGUCUGGUGGAGCCAAGGGACCCGAUUUGUUUUUCAUAGUUCCUGGCAUUGAUUCCAUACAAAAGGUGGAUCUGGAGGACGGCUCUUUUGAUGUUCCCCCAAGGAGACAACUUGAUAUGCCAGCCAUGUUUGUAGAUCAACUUGAUAUGCCAACCAUGUUUGUACUGACGAAGGAUUCUGUGACAGUUGCGGUGGAUGCUGUAGUGUACUAUAGGGUACAUAAUGCAACAACUUCCAUCACAAAUGUUGAAGAUGCCAAUCGCUCGACACGGUUACUGGCUGCCACAACACUGCGCAAUGUCCUUGGAACAAAGAACCUAAGUGAGAUCUUGGCUGACAGAGAGGCUAUAAGCCACCAGAUGCAGACGUCCUUAGAUGAAGCUACAGAUCCUUGGGGUGUCAAAGUUGAACGUGUUGAAGUUAAAGAUGUGAGACUACCAGUACAGUUACAGAGAGCCAUGGCUGCUGAAGCAGAGGCCGCACGUGAAGCCCGUGCUAAGGUGAUUGCCGCUGAAGGUGAACAGAAAGCAUCGCGAGCCUUGAAAGAAGCUGCUGACGUCAUUACAGAAUCUCCUGCCGCAAUACAGCUCAGAUACUUGCAGACGCUGAACACAAUUUCCGCAGAGAAGAAUUCAACAAUAAUUUUCCCACUGCCAAUAGAUGUGCUGCAGGGCUUUAUGCACCAAGGCAGACAGAACACUACGUUUUAGCGGAGAAAGAAACUGAGAAGAAAAGAGAUGUAUAGUUGUAAUAGAUUCUGAGUAUAAAAAACAUUUCAAGAGUACAUAGUGAAGAAGGGAUUGUAUAUUAUGUACAUUUUGAGCAUACAAACAUUGCCAGUUUGUUUGUCAGGGUUAUAUUCAAGUGUCUAGUCUGAUUUUGCUUACGUUCUCAAUUUUGAUGCUUUGCUGAACUCAAAGUUUCAAAGAAUCUGUUUACAUCACAGUGACUGAAAAAGGAGGAAAAAAGCGUAGCUUGUAUUCCAGUUUAUUUUAUAUGUUGCAACUCUUUGUUACAGUGAAAUAUAAACCUUUUUAGCUCACCUGUCACGUACUGACAGGGUGAGCUUUUGUGAUCGCCCUUCGUCCGUCGUCCGUCCGACGUCCGUCCACAAUUUCUUGUCUGCACAAUAGAGGUUUCAUUUAUGAUUUUAUUUUAACCAAACUUGCACACAACUUGUAUCACCAUAAGAUCUCGGUUCCUUUCUUGAACUGGCCAGAUCCCAUUAUGGGUUCCAGAGUUAUGGCCCCUGAAAGGGCCAAAAUUAGCUAUUUUGACCUUGUCUGCACAAUAGCAGCUUCAUUUAUGAUUUGAUUUUUACCAAACUGGCACACAACUUGUAUCAACAUAAGAUCUCAGUUCCUUUCUUGAACUGGCCAGAUUCCAUUAUGGGUUCCAGAGUUAUGGCCCCUGAAAGGGCCAAAAUUAGCUAUUUUGACCUUGUCUGCACAGUAGCAGCUUUAUGAUUUGAUUUUUACCAAACUGGCACACAACUUGUAUCACCAUAAGAUCUUGGUUCCUUUCAUGAACUGGCCAGAUUCCAUUAUGGGUUCCAGAGUUAUGGCCCCUGAAAGGGCCAAAAUUAGCUAUUUUGACCUUGUCUGCACAAUAGCAGCUUCAUUUAUGAUUUGAUUUUAACCAAACUGGCCUACAACUUGUAUCACCAUAAGAUCUUGGUUCCUUUCUUGAACUGGCAAGAUUCCAUUAUGGGUUCCAGAGUUAUGGCCCCUGAAAGGGCCAAAAUUAGCUAUUUUGACCUUGUCUGCACAAUAGCAGUUUCAUUUAUGAUUCGAUUUUAACCAAACUUGCACACAACUUGUAUCACCACAAGAUCUUGGUUCCUUUCUUGAAAUGGCCAGAUUUCUUCAUGGGUUCCAGAGUUAUGGCCCCUUAAAAGUCCAAAAUUGGCUAUUUUGGCUUUUGUAGCCAUAUAGAGACUUCAUUUAUGGUUUUAUUUGAUACAAACUUCCAAAAUAACUUCAACAACAAUAAUUCUUGGAUUCCAUGACAAAUCAGAUCCAAGCGUAGGUUCAGAGUUAUUUUAUAUCUGAUUACCUCCCCUGAUUGUAAUCAAAAUGGAUUUAUAUCAGUAAGUACUUGUAGUACUUGUUUGAAAUUUCAUUAUUGUCAUUAGUUGGACUGAGCCAAUCAGGGUAGAUAACUAUGGACUGAUUUUAUGUCAAAUUACCUCCCUUUAUUUCAAAUUAAAAUGGGUAUAUCUCCAUAACUAAUGAAGAUACUGAUCUGAAAUUUCAUUUAUGUCAACAGAUUUAUUUGGCAGAUCCUUCUUUUCUUCACUUACAAUAAUUUUUUUUUUUAAUUACUUCCCUUUUACGUUACUAUAAAUAGCUUAUUUUUAGUAACUUUUUUAUUAUUGGCCGUAGGGAAAAACCGAGACCACUUUUCUGUGGUACAACAUGGAUGGUACCUCCAAUUUGUAGAUGUAUUUUGACAUAUCUGUACCCUGUAGGAAUUUUUUUUUCCUUUUGGUUAAAUUUCUUCCCUUUGUUGUUACUGUCCUUUGGACUUAGAUAUUUUUUCUGAGGACCUUCUUGUCCUCAAGUGCAAUGAUAACAGGUGAGCGAUAUAGGGCCAUCAUGGCCCUCUUGUUUAACACUUACUUGUAUUUAAAGAAGCUGUAUUUAAAAGUUUGAGUUGAGACAAUAUGUACUGGUAGAGACUGUGAUGUGUGGUCAGGGUUCCUAUGUUUGAAAACUAAUUUUGGAAACCAGUCAUAGACCUUCAGCAUUGAUUGGUUGUUUUUAAAUACAGUUUUUAAAUCAACCAAUCAUAAGGCUGCAUUCUUAGACUGACCCUCAAACUCAGUUUUAUAAUGUAAGGAUCAUUCAGGAAGUUUUGACCCAAUAGUUUCUUUAAGAUAUUUCAUAAUUUCAAGUCAUAUAUUGUUGUCUGUAACAAAUUUAUUUAAUAUCUGAUAUACAGCUGAAGAGUGCAUAUAGAUAUACAUUACUUCAAACAUAGCUUCAUAUAUUAGUGAAUUAUGUACUUUAUAGAUAUAUAUGAUGAUGAACUAUAAUGGAACAAUGUCUUGAUUAUUUAUGGGUUUUUUUUUUUCAUUUUGAAGUGACAGCAUAAAUUGGUCAAACUGUCUUUAUGGUUCUUCCAUUUUGACUUGAAAGUACAAUAUAACUUAUUAUUGCAUGACUCCAUAUACAGCUUGUUUUUCCAUGAUUUGUGCUAUUCAAUAGUAUAUAGUUCAACACUGAAAUAGAAAUGGCAACCUACCAAAAUGAAAAAAAAGAAAAGAAAAUACUAUGUACAGAAUGACAGUGUUGUGAAUGUAAAGCAGGAAGAAAAUAGACAUUAACACAUGCUUUUAGGCAAUUUUAUAUAUCGAAAUCUAAACAAAGGAUUGUAAUGCUGGUGCAUUUACUCAGUGUGGUAUAUAUACACUCAACAAAAUUCCUAAUCGGUCAGUUUAUUGUACCCCCCAACAACAAAGUUGUAAGGGGGGGUAUACUGGUUUCAGGUUGUCUGUCUGUCUGUCUGUCCGUCUGUCCGUAGACGCAAUCUUGUGCGCACCAUCUCUCCUCAUCCCCUUGACACAAUUUAAUGAAACUUCACACAAGUGAUCAGUACCAACAGUAGUUGUGCAUGGGGCAUGUUAGGUUCUUUUAGAAAAAAAAUUGCAGAGUUAUGGGACUUUGUUUUUUUGUUACUAUACUAUAUACAUAGACACAAUCUUGUGCGCACCAUCUCUCCUCAUCCCCUUGACACAAUUUAAUGAAACUUCACACAAGUGAUCAGUACUAACAGUAGUUGUGCAUGGGGCAUGUUAGGUUCUUUUAGAAAAAAAAUUUGCAGAGUUAUGGGACUUUGUUUUUUAUGCCCCCGAAGGGAGGCAUAUAGUUUUUGAACCGUCUGUCGGUCUGUCAGUCUGUCCGCAAUUUUCGUGUCCGGUCCAUAUCUUUGUCAUCGAUGGAUGGAUUUUCAAAUAACUUGGCAUGAAUGUGAACCACAGUAAGACGACGUGUUGCGCGCAAGACCCAGGUCCGUAGCUCAAAGGUCAAGGUCACACUUAGACAUUAAAGGAUAGUGCAUUGAUGGGCGUGUCCGGUCCAUAUCUUUGUCAUUGAUGGAUGGAUUUUCAAAUAACUUGGCAUGAAUGUGUACCACAGUAAGACGACGUGUCGCGCGCAAGACCCAGGUCCGUAGCUCAAAGGUCAAGGUCAACCUUAGACAUUAAAGGAUAGUGCAUUGAUGGGCGUGUCCGGUCCAUAUCUUUGUCAUCGAUGGAUGGAUUUUCAAAUAACUUGGCAUGAAUGUGUACCACAGUAAGACGACGUGUCGCGCGCAAGACCCAGGUCCGUAGCUCAAAGGUCAAGGUCACACUUAGACAUUAAAGGAUAGUGCAUUGAUGGGCGUGUCCGGUCCAUAUCUUUGUCAACCAUGGAUGGAUUUUCAAAUAACUUGGCAUGAAUGUGUGGCACAGUAAGACGACGUGUCGCGCGCAAGACCCAGGUCUGUAGCUCAAAGGUCAAGGUCACACUUAGACGUUAAAGGUCAUUUUUCAUGAUAGUGCAUUGAUGGGCGUGUCCGGUCCAUAUCUUUGUCAUUCAUGCAUGGAUUUUAAAAUAACUACGCAUGAAUGUGUGGCACAGUAAGACGACGUGUCGCGCGCAAGACCCAGCUCCGUAGGUCAAAGGUCCUAAACUUUAACAUCGGCCAUAACUACUCAUUCAAAGUGCCAUCGGGGGCAUAUGUCAUCCUAUGGAGACAGCUCUUGUUUGUUACUAUACUAUAUACAUAGACACAAUCUUGUGCGCACCAUCUCUCCUCAUCCCCUUGACACAAUUUAAUGAAACUUCACACAAGUGAUCAGUAACAACAGUAGUUGUGCAUGGGGCAUGUUAGGUUCUUUCAGAAAAAUUUUUUGCAGAGUUAUGGGACUUUGUUUCUUGUUAACAUACUAUGUACAUACAGUCUGCAUAUGCAAUCUUGUGCAUGCCUAAUCUACCAAACCCUUGCACACAAUUUAAUGAAACUUCACACAAGUGAUCAGUACCAACCCUAGUUGUGCAUGGUGCAUGUUACAUUCUUUUAGAUAAAUAUUCUGCAUAGUUAUGGGACUUUGUUUUUUGUUACUAUACUGUAUACAUACAGUCUAUAUACAUACAGUCCACAUAAUUAUGCAAUCUUGUGUGCGUCAAAUUGCAAUGUACUGUGUCAAUGCAUGUGGGGGGUACAUUCAUCACCUUUAGUGAUAGCUCUAGUUUUGUAUUACUAUUUUGUUAAUAAUGCAUGUUUUUACAAGAAAUGUCACAUACCGACAUUUGAAUAGGUACUUCAGCUAAUUAUUGAUUUAUUUUUGAUCUACUCACGGCCAACGUAACUGCAUUAAGCGUUUCAACCAAUAUAGCAUAUUUAGCACGUGCAGGACAUGUGCACCAAUAUGCACAUGUUCAUGAACACUUUUGGCAUAACUGAUAAAAGUCCUACUAGAAAAACACGUGUCAUCCUGAAAUUGAUACAAGAGCAACGUGCCCGGGCUGUUGGAAUGUUACAACAAAAUUUAAAAUCGGUUACUUCAAUGAAUUGUACUUGUGUUAAAUUCCGCCAAAAGAGCACGGAUGGUAGAUAACCACCAAUUGAAGGUUCUUGUAAACAGAAAUAAGGUUUAAAAUGGAAAUAACCAUCAAAGUAACAGCUACAAACAAAUUAUAUCAAGAUUCUUUUGAAAUUGCAAAAGUAAUUGCACAUGUAUCGUAAAUAUAUCCAGGCUAGCAACAUUCCGUCAGCUCGAUCGCAUUGCUCUUGUGUCAAUUUCACCAUAUGAUAUGUGUUUUCCUAGUAGGACUUUUGUCAGUAAUGCAAAAAGUGUAAAUGAACACGUGCAUGUUGGUGCACAUGCUCUGCACGUGCAAAAUAUGCAAUAUUGGUCAAAACGCCUAGUGCCGUUACUUUGGCUGUGAGUCGCCAAAAAUAAAUCAAUAAUUAGCUGCAGUACCUAUUCCAAUGUCGGUAUGUGAAAUUUCUUGUAAAUACAUGUGUUAUUAACAAAAUAGUAAUACAACAUACAUUGACCGAUUAUGAAUUUUGUUGAGUGUAGUUUGAAAUCUUUGGUGCUGAAUAUUGCAAUAGAAAACUUUGGAGGCAAGGGUAGCUCUCUAAAAAGAAGUUUAUGGAGAUAAAUGGAUAAUCUAGAUGUGGUUGAUUUAUGUUCCCGCUAGUCCAGUUUUGAGGUACCCAGUCUAAAUGCUGAUUGAACUUGUAACUAUCAAAUCACAAAACUUAUGCAGCAUGAAAAUUACCAGAUAUGCAGUGCCUAAAUGUAACUUGGUCCAAGGGAACCAGUCUGUUAUAGGUAAGCUUAUAAGUGUAUCCAGGGAACCAGUCUGUUAUAAGAGAACCAAUUACAUCUGGGUUAACCAUUUUGAGUCAGUUCUAAACAAGAAAAUUUGAUAAUUUAUAAGAAUAUUUAGAUAUCAUGUAAAUAUGAGAUAGCUUGAUGGUUGCUCACAGUCGGCUGAUCAUUUUGUUAUGAAAAAGAUAAUACUGGUUCUUUUAUGAACAAUAGAGUGCAAUUGAAAAUUGUAUAAUUUCUAAGCAUUUGUUGAAACUUUAUAUAUAUUUUUAUUGUUGUUUUGUUUGAUUUAUUGUUACAUUUUUAUUAAUGCAGUGAUGGUUGUUAACCCUCAUCAUUCUGGACACAAUUGAUUCUGCCUUAAAAAAGUUUGCGACCAGUGCAGAUCAUGAUCUGCUCUGUUUGCCAUUCAGUCAGUAUCUUUUUGGUAUGCACUGCUUUUAACAGUUAAUGGUACUGUACAGACUGAAAGAUAGACAAGUUCAUUAUAGAAAUUUAGCUGUCAAUCACCUGUCUACUAUAGAGCCUAUUUUUGGCUGAUGAAUAGAGUUGUCUUUGUUAAGGUAGUUCUGCACAUUCUGAUGAAAAAUCUCUAUUGUAGAAUUUGAUUAAACCUGAUUUUCAUUACCUAGAAAAGUCUGUAUUUGAAAUGGUUCAUAUUUUUCUUGAUUGACUGGAAGUAUUUGAUCCUCACACAAGCUUUCAUAAUGGGUGUCUUUAGGAAAACCACACAUUUGAUGUCAUUUUCGUGUAUAGAGAUAUUUCUGUGGUGUAGAUUUUAAUACAACUUUUCAAGGUUGAACAUUAACAUAAUGUUUAUUAUAAGGUCACAUGUGUGGUAUUUAUGCUUAAUUUUGAAAUUUGGCCCAAUAUUUAAGAGAUCUGAAAAUUUCAAGCAGAUUUUAAUGCAUUAUUUAGAAUUAUUUCACAUGUCAGUUUUUCUGUUGUCAUUUUCUGUCUUUGAAAGAAAGUGAUGUUGCCAUUUUUCAAAUAAAAUUUGAUGUGCACAUGAGGUGACAUAUGACAUACAAGGUGAUUUUUUUUCUGUACACCUGGUUUUGACAUUAUUCUACAUUACCUAGUUAGAUGAUGUCACAGUUUAUCAGGGGUGUAGAACUACCUUAGCAAGUGGCCAACACCUAACAUGUCAAAAUUAUGCUGUUUGUAGGUAAAGAUGACAUUUCAAGGGAGACUGUUUUAAAUUGUGGUCUUUGUAAAACAAAAAAAUAUACAAGUUUGGUAACAGUUUUUCAAAGUUACAUUAUAUACAUCUACUGAAAGGGUUUUUUAUUGUUCAACAAUAGUUUAGCUGAUGUUUGUGCAAUAGGUUGUUGUAAUAUUUAUAUAUUGAUGUUAAUUUAUAUAGAUAUUUAUUGUUGUUUUUGUCAGAUUUUUGUGAUGAUUUAUUAUAUCUCAUAGGAGUAAUAAACUCUAACAUAUGUUAUGCUGAUGGAAUUCUACUGUAUGUUAAAGCAAGUACUAAUGAAUAAAGCAUAUUGAAGUACCUAGCAUUAGAUUAAAUACGUUGUUAGACUUAAAGAUUUAUUUCUUAUAAAUUUCAUUUUUUAGCUUGACUAUUCAAAGAAUAGGUAGAGCUAUUGGACUCACCCAUGCGUCGGCGUCCGUGUCGGUGUCCCAGUUUGGUUAAGUUUUUAUCCCCCCCCCCCCUCCACCCCCAAAGGGAGGCAUAUUAGUUUUCAACUGUCCAUCCGUUCGUUCGUCACAAAGUUAACUUUUUGCAUGAAGGCACUUUUCUCGCGAACCACUGCACCCAAGACCUUCAAACUUUAAAUGCUGAUAGUACUUAUUGAGUACACAACCCCUACUGACUUUGGGGUUACCAGGUCAGGUUCACACUUCACAGGGGCCAAUGUUAACUUUUUGCAUCUGUUCGUUCGUUCGUCACAACGUUAACUUUUUGCAUGAAGGCACUUUACUCGCGAACCAUUGCACUCAGGACCUUCAAACUUCACAUGCUGAUCGUACUUAUUGAGUACACAACUCCUAUUGACUUUGGGGUCACCAGAUCAAAGGUCAAGGUCACAGGGGCUAAUGUUAACUUUUUGCAUGUUAACUUUUUGCAUGAAGGCACUUUACUCACGAACCACUGCACCCAGGACCUUCAAAUUUCACAUGCUGAUAGUACUUAUUGAGUACACGACCCCGACUGACUUUUGGGUCACCAGGUCAAAGGUCAGGGUCACAAGGGCCAAUGUUAACCUUUUGCAUGAAGGCACUUUACUUGCGAACCACUGCACCCAGGACCUUCAAACUUCACGUGUUGAUAGUACUAACUGAGUACACGACCCCGACUGACUUUAGGGUCACCAGGUCAAAGGUCAAGGUCACAGGGGCCAAUGUUAACUUUUUGCAUGAAGGCACUUUACUCACGAACCACUGCACCCAGGACCUUCAAACUUCACCUGCUGAUAGUACUUAUUGAGUACACGACCUCGACUGACUCUGGGGUAACCAGGCCAAAGGUCAAGGUCACAGGGGCCAAUGUUAACUUUUUGCAUGAAGGCACUUUACUAGCGAACCACUGCACCCAGGACCUUCAAACUUCAUAUGCCGAUAGUACUUAUUGAGUACACGACUGCUAUUGACUUUGGGGUCACCAGGUCAAAGAUCAAGGUCACCAGGUCAAAGGUCAAGGCACUGCAGGGGCAUUUGUCACCAUUAGUGACAGCUCUUGUUGUAUGUAAGCUGGUAUCUCAGUAACCACUUGCGGGAAUGGAUUAAAACUUCACACACUUAUUUACUGUGAUAAACUGACUUAAAUUGCACAGGUUCCAUAACUCUAUUUUGGUUUUUACAAAAUUAUGCGGGCCCCCUUUUUUGACUUAGAAAUUUUUGGUUAAGGUUUUACAUGUAAGCUAGUAUCUCUGUACCCAGUAAUGGGAAUAGAUUGAAACUUCACACACAUGUUCACUGUGAUGAUCUGACUUGCAGUGCACAGGUUCCAUAACUCUACUUUGCAUUGUCACAAAAUUAUGGCCCUUUUUUGACUUUGCAGUCUUUGGUUAGGUUUUUGUAUGUAAGCUGGUAUCUCAGUAUCCCCUAAUGGGAAUGGAUUGAAACUUCACACACUUGUUCACUGCCAUGAUCUGAUAAUCAGUGCACAGGUUCCAUAACACUACUUUGCAUUUUUACAAAAUUAUGCUCCUUUUUCGACUUAGCUGUUUUUGGUGAAGGCUUUAUAUGUAAGCUAAUAUCUCAGUACCUACUAAUGGGAAAGGGUUGAAACUUCACACACUUGUCCAUUGUCAUGAGCGUAUGUGCAUUGUACAGGUUCCAGUACCUUGUUUUGCAACUUUACAAAAUUAUGCCACUUUUUUGACUUUGAUAUUUAUUCAAUUGACAAGGCUGUUGAAUAGUCCAGCGUUGCUGUCCUCCGACAGCUCUUGUUUUUGUAAUAAAAUUUUGUAAUGGUUAAGUUCCUGUUUUGUAUUUUGUUAUAGCUAUAUAACACUAACAGCGACUUGAAUUUCGAUUUGUGCAUAACUGCAUUUGACGUAAUAGCAGUGACUGAUGUGAUAAUGUUCAAUAGGGACCUGAAUUUGCAUGAUAUUGUCUACCAAGAUAAUAAAGUAAAGAUGGUAUUACAUUAGUGUAAUAAAGCUUUGACAUUGACAUUGUUUUAUGUAUAGGAGACAUUGGUCAAAUUUACUUGGUCUGUAAGAGGUAAAGAAAGAGGAAAGCUUACCGGUACUUGUGCUAAAAAGAAUACUACAUUUGUGUAUUUCCACAUUGAAUUUAUUAGAUUCUUUGAAUAAAAUUGAUAAAAUGCUCGGGAGAGCCGUGCAUUUUAUAAUUUUAUUCAACUCGUUAAUAAAUUCAGUAUAAAAAGACACUCAUAUAAUAUCCUCUUCAUAAUGAAAGUUUGUGUAUAACAAAUUUUCUGUUUCAGUUUCUGUUUUGCAUCUUUGUUUGUUAUAAAUAUAUAGGACUUACAGCAAUUUGUUAUAGAUAUAUAGGACUUACAGCAAUUUGAAUUUUAAUUUGUGCAUAAUAACAAUGUUUGAUGCAAUAAUUUGCCAGGGGUUUGAAUUUGUGUAAUAUUGUCUACCAAGAUGAUAAAAUAAAAACCCAUUGCAAACUGAAUUGACUUGCGAAUAUCAAAGUUACAUGACAAAAUGGAUAAUAUUUUCAUUGCUCUCAGGAUAUUCUACCUUUUAUUCUCUUUAAAGAUGACUUUCUUUACAUAAUAUUUUGUUGGUAUUAAGUAUUUUCCUUAAGUAUAUUAUUGUUGUGAUGUACCAUUUUGGCAACAGUCAUGCAAUUUGAUAAUUUUUAUAAUGAUUUUCUUUUGUAACCCAUCUAACUAUCACUGUAAGUAAAAAAAACACAAAAAAAAACACUAGGUAUCUAGAGGUCUGAAGAUCCUUGUGCAAAAUGAAUUUUCCUAGGAGCGCUUGACAGAAGAAACUUUGUCCGAAGUCAUUUGUAUUUUACCUGUGACUCUUGUGGGGAGGUUUUCAGUUACUUCAAUAGAAUAUGUCAUUACUUGACAGAUAUAUCAAUGAAAAAAAUGGAUCCCUUACUUGAUAUUAUCACCUUAAUCUUCUGUAAUGCUCUGUCUGUGGAAGCACUUAAAGCUAAUUACAUUUUUUUUUUUACAUUUUACUGCAGUGGACCUGUAAUGUCAAUUGCCACAUUACUUGUUCUCUAUUUGGGAUUUUGGCAUUUCCCUAUUUGUUAUGGAAAGUCAUCUGCAUUUUCAAUGACAUUUAAGUCAGAAAAAUGCUGAAUUGUGAAUCGAUAAUGUAAUGGGAAUUGCCGAGAGUCAUUAAUAUCCACUAGCUUAAUUACAAUUUUUGUAAAUAAUCAUUAUUUCAAUUUUUUGUUCUUGCUCAUGCCUAAUGUCAUGAAGGUUUCUAAUUUCCAGAAUGAUGCUACUAUCAGUGCCCAAUGUUAACAGAAGCAAUAAAUAUAAAUCACACAUAUAAAAUUUCCUUGUAUGACAUACUUUAUUAUCUAGGAAUAUGAACAGCUGUUCAUGUAAGAUGUUUAUAAAUUAUAAAGCAUCAUUUUAUGAUUUUUCAACAAUCUGUUUUUACAUGAAAUGAGAUACUACCAACAUGUCUUAAUCACUAUGAUGUUUGAUGGCUUUCCCAUCAGUAUUUAGCAGAUUUUUUACACAAUUUUAGCUCCACUAUUUGAAGAAUAGGGCGGCUAUUCUAUUUGCCCCCGCGUCGGCUUGACCUUUCUUGGUUAAAGUUUUUCGGCAACCUUUGUUUUUCUGUCAUAUCUUUGUUACUAUUGCUUAUAUCUUACUGUAACUUCACAUAAACAUUGUCCAGCAUACAAACAAAGUAUAUGCACGGGCUGGACCAAUAAUACCCAAAGUCAAGGUCAUCAUGGUGUUAAACUUGGGUUAUUUUUAAGGUAAAAGUUUUUUGGCAACCUCUGUUUUUCUGUCAUAUCUUUGUUACUAUUGCUUAUAUCUUACUGUAAGUUCACAUAAACAUUUCCAGCAUAUAAACAAAGUAUGUUCAGGGGCUGGGCCCCUUAUACUCGAGGUCAAGGUCACAAAGUUGUUAUACUUGGAAUCAGUCUGACUAAAGUACAUCUCCUAUUACACUACGCUUAGGAUCUGAGAACAAGCUAUUGAUAGCCUCUUUCUGAUGACCCUUUCGCUAUCCAAUCAGAGCUUAACUUACAACAUUUUGCAAAUCUAUAGUUAGCCUUGUUUUUUGAUAUUUACAAUUCUUAUGUCGUAAUGUGUCAGAUAGCCGGUUAGCUCAGUCGGUAGGCCACUUACUCUGUAAGUGAGGGGUCCCGGGUUCAAGCCCUGGAUUGACUGCAAAUUUUUCUUACUCUUUGACAUUCGAACAAGUCGUCUGAUUGGUUCAAAUAAAAAUAGAUCUGUGAAAAUAAAAAUAGCAAUAUUGGAAAUCCAAAAUAUACAGAAGACGAAUGUGAAUGGGUCAUUCACAGAUCUUCGUUUAGAAGAUCAAGUACUUUAGUCAGAUUGACUUGGAAUUAUUUUCAUGUUAAAUUUUUUUGAAAGCUUUGUUUAUAGACAUAUCUUUGAUUCUUAAAAAGAUAAUGACUUAAAAUUAAAAAUAUUUCUUUAUAAUGUGUUUUACAGUCCUCAUAACUGUAAUUGUAUUUAUGACAGAAUUAUGCCCCUUUCAUACUUAAAUUUUUUUGGCAAUCUUCGCUUUCUUGAUGUUACUUUAGUACAAUAUAAGAUAAAGACUUGAAAUGUAUCUUUAUCAUCAUCUGCAUGAGUGGUAACAAUCCCCAUAACCCUGAUUUGUAUUUUUUACCAAAUUAUGCCCCUUUCAAACUUAAAUUGUUUUGACAAUCUUCGUUUUCUGGACAUAACUUUGAUACUAUAUAAGGUUAUGGCUUGAAACUCAAAAUGUUUUUUUACCAUCAUCAUCUGCAUGUGUGGUAACAAUCCUAAUAACUCUAGUUUGUGUUCUUGAUGGAAUUAUGCCCCUUGGUGUAUCUUCCUUUUAAAUUGAGAUGUAUAUUCAUUUUACUGUUAAAUCGCCGAAUAGUGGAGCGCGCUGUCUUACGGACAGCUCUUGUUUAACAGUGGUAUUUCUUUACUUUGAUUUAGGAUCAUAUAUGAUGGCCAGUGUUUUAGUUGUUUUCUUCAGAGCAAAAUGUAGUGUUUUUAAAUUAGAAUUUAUAAUUAAUAUGAUCUGAAAUAUCUCGUCUUCCUACAGUAAUUAUGCUGCACAGCUAGCUCAGCAGAUAGAGUACAAGAUGGAACGGAGUUUGAUCCCCAAGUGAGGUUUCUGUAACUAUUUGACAGAAGUUGGUGUGGAUGAAGUUGUUGGUUGUCCACUUCUGAUCUAUAUAUGGGGAAGUUGUUGAACAUUUUGGUAAUUGUACAUGUUACGCUGGUUUGGUGAACUGACCACUGUUGGUAUGUAAUUAUCUUUUUGUACUUGUAAUAACUUCUGUUGGUGUCUGAGCUGUAUAUUGCAGUACUUCAUUUUCAUUGUAUAUUGAAACAUGUUCAUCUCUUCAGAUAUAAAUUUUCUUUGUAUGGACUUUGAUAUGGUAUUUAUAUCGAGUGGAAAAAUAAAUGUUUAAAAUGUA